AUGACUUCUGCAACUUUAUUUGGAAAACUUCAAGAAUACGAGACGGAACUUGCAAGACUUAAAAAGCAUGAAAUCCAAGUAAAAGAUUCAAAAGACAUUGCUUUAAUGAAGAGUAUCAAAAAUCAUGAUAGCAAUCAAGAGGAUGAAUCCAAUAGUAGUGAAGAUGAUGAUCUUAUCAAGAAGAUUAAAAAGUUUCUACGAAAAGAAAGAAAAAGAGAAGCACCAACAAGGAAGGUUACAUGCUUUGAAUGUGGGGAAAAGGGACAUGUUAAAAGUGAAUGUCCUACACUUGAAAAAAAGAAGAAUUAUUUCAAGAGAAAUAAAGAAAAGAAGUCAAAGAAAGCAUAUAUGGAACGGGAAAAUUCAUCUUCCGAUUUCGAAAGCAAUCAACGUAUUAACAUUGCAUUAAUGGAUUCACACCACUCCGAUGAUGAAAUAGAAGAGGUUAGUAAUGAAUUUUCUCUUUAUGAUAAUGAUGUUCAAGGUUCGAUUGAUGAACUUCUCAAUGAAUGUAAGAAUUUCUAUAAAACAGUGUCAAUUCAAAAGGUACAAAUUAUAUCUCUUGAAGAAAAGAUUGACACCAUGAAAAAGAAUUUUGAAAUUGAAAAAUAA